UAAUUGGAUACUGGCCAUUACGAGCAAUAUGGCGGCACAUCCGGCGCGUAGCUUGCUUGUAUAAUUUCAAGCUUCUUGAUUUCGAAGGAGAGAGGGAUUAUCCGCAUUCGCAGCUUGUCGUUUUUAAGACAAAACGAUGCGGUGAAGCUGACGAGCGCACGUUGACGAGACGAGAGCGAAUUCAUCGCGUCGCGUAGCAUCGCUGUUGCUGUUGCCAACCGUCAACGCCGCUGUUAUUGCUGCCAUCCGUCCGUGAGCGACCGUCAUUAGUGGCUUAUGAUGCACAGAACGACCCGAGCGUCGUCCCAUCAUGUGGGAAAGCACGCCGACAACGCUGUCAAAGGAAGGCGAAAACGUGGUGUAGAGAAAAAUACAACAAAGACUACAGCUUUGCCUAUGCAAAAUAAUGAUGCAAAUUUACCAGUAAAGAGAGAAAAUAAAUUAUUUGAUACUAGUAAAAAUGUAACAAACAAAUUUGAUGUAAUUAAACCACAAUCCGUAUUAGACACACAUAAAUCCCCUACGCACACAAUUCAUUCUUAUCAAAAUUCAAAUGUGGAAGUUACAAAGGAGAAAAGUCCUAUAUCACUCACCUAUUAUCUUUUUAGAAAUGUGCAAGUUGUUUCAACCUGUGAAGCAAAAAAUAAGGUUAUCUCUGAUGUAGAACAAUUCAAAACUGAUGAAACACCGGUGGCUGUUCCGAUUCAUGGGCCAUCUACACCGCAUAGAAUAAAUAUGCCAUCGGAAGAUUUAAAUGAAAAAGCUACAAUUACUACCAAUGAGGAGCAAUCUGUGAUGACAUUACUUAGUCCACUGCAAGUUAUUAAAAAAUCUGCCCCACGUGGACGUAAGAAAGCAGUCUCCGUUCAAUCCAUCAAUCAUCGUUCGUUCAAGCCACAGGGCACUGAAACAAAUCAUUCGAUUACCGACUACUUUCCAGUACGUCGUAGCGUUAGAAAAAGUAAAAAAAUUGUAUUGGAGGAGAAACAACGUGAUUUAGAAAAUAAGGUACUUUGUCAAAUAGAGGAAGGCUUAGAGGUAAGAUAUUUUCCGGGUAAAGGUCGUGGUGUCAUAACGACACGAGAAUUUGCUAAAGGCGAAUUUGUAGUUGAAUAUAUCGGCGAACUGAUUAAUCAAGGGGAGGCAAAAGAGCGCGAAAAAAUAUAUGCGCAAGAUCAAAAUGCUGGAUGUUAUAUGUAUUAUUUCCAACAUCGUAAUCAACAGUAUUGUGUCGAUGCGACAGCAGAGAGUGAUAAAUUGGGCCGAUUAGUCAAUCAUUCGCGAAACGGUAAUUUGAUCGCUCGAAUCGUCGAAGUCAAUUCUACACCACAUCUCGUACUUACAGCAAAGGAAGAUAUACCAAAUGGUGUAGAAGUUUCAUAUGAUUAUGGAGAUCGAAGCCGUGAAUCUAUUCGUCAUCAUCCAUGGUUGGCAUUAUAGCACUUUCUAUUUCAUUAUUUAUAUAACAUUAUGUUACAUUGUACAAAAGAAAUAUUAUUUUUGUUCCUCCUAUGAAGGAAUUUUAUAUAUAGACUAUGUAUAUGCUGAAUUGUGUACAAAUUGCAUCUUAAAAAGGCAAAGCCGCCAAUAUAUUAGGAAUUGGAUAUGCGACUUUGCAAGCUUUUAUGCUAGUGAAUCCCAAAUAUUUUUUUUACAUCACU